GAGUGGCUGAUAAUCACCGUGCCAGAGCCUCCCAAUGUCCUCUUCAGCUUCCACCAGCACUUUGCCCAGGGGCCUGGCGGUCCUGACGACCUUCCCAGAUGUGCUCUUCAUUCCUGAAAUCAUCUUUGGGGGCCUUGUGUGGAUCCUGGUGGCAUCCUCGAGGAUCCCGGAUUCCAUGCUGCAGGGCUGGGUGAUGUUUGUCUCCGUGUUCUGUUUCGUCAUGUCCAUCUGCCUCCUGUGCCUCUACUUCUGCGGGGCUCAUGGCGGUGGCAGCAGCUGCUGGGUCACCUUGGAUGUCAUCUGCCAGGAGACAGCAGCGCUGUUCUACCUCAGUGCUGCAGUGCUGGAAGCCUACAUGACCUAUAGACUUGGCUUCUCCCCAGGACAGGCGUACAGGGAGAACAUUGCUGCCGUGGUAUUUGCUUUUGUGGCCACCCUGGUUUACGUGAUCCACAAGGUGUUCUCGCUCCUGCGAUGGAAAUCAUCCUGAGAGCCUGAACAACGCCAGGAACAACGACUGCUGUCUCCAGGCUGGGUUUGGGUUUCCUCUUCUAAUGUAUAGCCUGUAAACAAGCAGCUUUUUAUGUGGGAUCUUGGUGAUGAAAACAAGGAACCUGCCAGAAAAAGGAAUAUCCUGGCACAAUCUGUUUCCCUUCAGUAUCUUACAGAUUGGGUACAGUUCAAUGCUGGGGCCAAAAAAAAAACCAAACAAAAAAAAUAACCCAAAAACCCCCACCCAGCUUUAAAAUAGUAUAGUUGGGUUCAAAGGGCUAAAAUAUCCCUGGACUGCACCUUUAUGUGUCCAGGGUUGUUACUGGAAUCCAGGAAAAAAUGAACAAGCACCAAGGAGCACAAUUGUGAAACUGUCAUUUUAAUUGCUGUGUACCCAUUUAAGUUUGUUUCCCCACCUAACACCACUGUACAAAUUAAUAUUUUCAUGAAGUUUCUGAAAAUGCCUUCUCUGACUUCUGAUGAGCAAUGGGGACAGUAUUUAACACGGCUCAGGAGCAAUGUGGAUCAUUGCAGCUCUUAAAGGGUGCUGCUGAAUUCUGAGGCAUGCCAGGAAUUACCACUGCCUUUGAUCCCCCUACAAAGCAAAACCUGAAAGGGGCCCAGUAAGCUGUAGAAGAAUUCUUUGGGUGAUCAGAAUCAAAUCAAUCCUCAAUAAGCAGAGGCAAUCAACUCCUGCUUUUGGUGAAUGGCUAUUCUCUCAAACACUGCCACGCUGUCACUAAUAAAGAUGGGUUUGCUGUGAUUUUGA